CGGCCACCAUUUUAAAGGUUCAUUGUGGAAAUUUUUGACGUUUCCACACGGCUUUAACGCUUUUAAAGAUAUAUAAAUGUGUAUUAAGUGAAUUAAAGUGAUUAAUAAUGGCUCGAUACGGUCAAAGACCUGAAAAUGCUCUGAAACGAGCAAAUGAAUUCAUCGAAGUCGGGAAACCAGCGCGUGCUUUGGACACCCUUCAGGAGGUUUUCCGCAAUAAAAAAUGGGCGUACAACUGGUCCGAGUCCGUGCUGGAACCCAUCAUGUUCAAAUACUUGGAUCUAUGCGUGGAGCUGAAAAAAUCCCAUAUUGCGAAAGAGGGGUUGUUUCAGUACCGAAACAUGUUCCAGUCGGUAAACGUGGGCUCCCUGGAGAAUGUUAUAAGGGGGUAUCUGCGGAUGGCCGAGGAGAAGACGGAAAAUGCGCGCGAGCAGUCGGCCCAAGCCGUCAUCGAUAUCGACGAUUUGGACAACUUAGCCACCCCCGAAAGCAUUUUACUAAGUGCUGUCUCAGGGGAGGACGCACAGGAUCGCUCUGAUCGUACAAUUUUGACUCCGUGGGUUAAAUUUUUAUGGGAGUCGUAUUGCCAAUGUUUAGAGUUGUUGAGGACUAAUGCUCACGUUGAAAAUCUUUAUCAUGAUAUUGCGAGGAUGGCGUUUCAAUUUUGUCUGAAAUACAAUAGAAAAACCGAAUUUAGGAAAUUAUGUGACAAAUUGAGGAAACAUCUGGAAGAUAUUUGCAAACUUCCAGCCCAAGUGGCUAACGUUUCAAUGUCUAAGCCUGAAACGCAGCAACUAAACCUUGAGACUAGGCUGCACCAGCUUGAUUUUGCUAUUCAGAUGGAGUUGUGGCAGGAAGCUUACAAAGCCAUUGAGGAUAUACACAACCUAAUGAACAUGUCUAAGAAAAUGCCAGUACCUAAAACAAUGGCCAACUAUUAUCAAAAAUUGGCCAUGGUUUUCUGGAAGGCCGGAAACUACCUUUUCCAUGCCGCAGCUCUAUUCAAACUGUUCCAAUUAUCGAAAGAGAUGAAGAAAAACAUCACUCAGGAAGAACUACAACGAAUGGCUUGUCGCGUUCUUAUUGCCACUCUUUCCAUCCCUCUUCCAUCUGCCCAUCCCGAAUUUGAUCGUUUCAUCGAAACGGACAAGUCUCCAUUAGAGAAAGCUCAACGUUUGGCUGUCCUUUUAGGACUUUUCCAACCUCCAACUCGUGCCAGUCUUCUCAAAGAUUUAGUUCGGGUAAACGUCGUUAAUUUAGCUUCUCCUCAACUCCAGGAUUUGUAUAAUUGGUUAGAAGUCGAUUUUCAUCCACUUUUGUUAUGCUCGAGGGUUCAUUCGGUGAUACAGUCAUUGCAAGCUGAAGAAAAUUUACUACAACAAUACAUACCGGCUCUACAGGACGUUACUUUAGUCCGUUUGGUGCGUCAAAUCGCCCAAGUUUACCAAACCAUUGAGUUUGCAAGAUUGUUAGAACUAGCAAAAUUCACUGAUGCUUUCCAUCUAGAGAGACUUCUAGUCGAUUGUGUUCGACACAACGAUAUGCAGAUUAGGAUUGAUCAUGGCAAAUAUUGCAUCCACUUUGGUAUGGAUUUGAGCGAAAGUCAGAGGGAAGAUAAACCGGAAGGCCCCACUCUGCAAGUAAUGCCGAGUGAACAAGUGAGAAACCAACUUGUUAAUAUGGCGACUGUGUUAAAUCAAGCUAUAAAUGUGAUUUACCCGAAUAAGAAAAAGGCCGAAAGGGAGAAGAUGAGGAAUAUCAUGGUGAAGAAUUACCACGAGACUAAGGCCCAAGAACAUGAGAAGAUUCUUCAGCGUCAUAAGAUUAUCGAAGAUAGGAAGGAGUAUAUCGAAAGGUUGAACACAGUCAGGGAGGAAGAGGAGCAAAGGCGUUUGGAGGAGUUGGCCAGGCAGCAAGCUCUUGCCGAGCAAAAACGUCUAGAACAAGAAAGGGAAGAAAGGGAGAAGAAGAGAGCCCAAAACGAGAUUCAACAAAUCAAGGACAGACAUUUGAAGGAGAAAUUGCAACAGAUUAGUCAAACUGGACAUGGACAAAAAAUCUUGAAGAAGUUGGACGAGGAUGAUAUCAAGAAACUUGACGCUGACCAAAUCGCUGCUAAAGAAGCUGAAGAAUUACAAAAGGAACGUCGGGAACUUCAAGCCAAGCUUAAAUCUCAAGAGAAAAAGGUCGAUUAUUUCGAACGCGCGAAACGUUUGGAAGAAAUUCCUCUUCUUCAAGCUUCUAUAAAAGAACGUCAAUUGCAAGACCAAGCUUUCUGGGAACAACAAGAAAAAGAAAGAAUUGCUGCUGCUAUAGAGGAGAGAAAAUUGGCAGUGGCAACUCGAGACCGUUUGGUUAGAAUGAAACCCGACAAAGACGCUUUCUUAGAAAAAUUGAAGAAAGAACGUAAUAUCGUCUAUGAAGAUAAAUUGAAAGAAUUUGAGAAGCUGUUGAGUGAAGAAAGACAGAAACGUUUGCUUGAACGUAAAUUGAAACGUAAAGAAGAACGUCGUACGCGUUAUAUCAAGGAAAAACAAGAAGAAGAAGAACGAAAGUUGGCUGAACAAAAACGAAAGGAAGAGGAAGAAAGACAACGUUUAGAAGAAAUCGCCCGGAAAGAACGCGAAGAAAAAGAAAGAGUCGAACGCGAGGAACGGGAUCGUCGAGCUCGGGAACAACAGGAAAUGUUAGAUAGGACCGGUGCCAAACAACGUCAGCGAAUGGAAGAAAUCGAGAAACGGUUAGCGGAAGAUCAAGACAAGGGCGUCCGUCCUGAAAAGCCCAAGGAUUCCUGGCGCGCUAAAGGCGAACGGGAACCUCCGAAACGCGAGGGUGGUGACUCAUGGCGUCGCGGCGAGAAACCCGAGGAGCCGAAGAAAGUCGAAGCUUGGCGCCCGCGGAACAUGCGCGCCAAUCCCGACGAGCCGAAGGGUGGAGAUGCCUGGAGGACCACCCGUGAGGCGGAAGCUGAGGAACCCGAACGUGAGCGAAGAGAAGUGGGGCGUAGUUUCGAACGUGGCGAUCGCGACAGGUUUAGUCGCGAAGAACGACGUGGAGGGGAAAGGGAUGAGCGAGCUGGGCGUGGGGAUAGGGAAGAGCGAGAUAGGCGUGGCGAUCGGGAUGAACGAGAUAGACGUGGGGACAGAGAUGACCGAGAUAGGCGUGGCGAUAGGGAUGAGCGUGAUAGGCGUGGCGAUAGGGAUGAGCGAGAUAGGCGCGGCGAUAGGGAUGAGAGGGAACGUAGGGGAGGCGAUCGAGAUAUGGGGUCGUGGAGGAAUGCACGUCGGACAGAUGAUGAACCGCCAAGGAGGCCUCCGCCGUCAAGGGGAGGACGCGAAGGAGGGUCCGAUUGGAGACGGAGGGAGGAGACACCGAGAAAGGCGGAGGAACGAAGAGUGGCUCCGCCUCCGAAGGAAAAACCUCGUGAGCAAAAAACCGAAGAGGAUGACGGUUGGGCCGAGGUUAAACGUCGUUAAAGCGUCUGUUACUUCAUCGUAAUUUUGUCUGUAUGUUUAGGGCAAUAUUCAUUUUUAGUAACUAUUUUUAAAGCUAGUUGUGGGACGCUUUGUAUUAUUUUAUAAACCAAUAAAUUUUAAAUGAGGCACAAA